AUGGUGAAAGCAGACGUACGUCGGGAUUACUAUGCGGACUUGGGUCUGACCCCGAGCGCCGAUACGGAUGAAAUCAAGAAGCAAUUUAGGAAGCUUGCUUUGAAGUACCAUCCCGACAGAAAUCCGGGAAGGGAAGCCGAAUUCAACGCAAAGUUUCAAGCGAUACAAGCAGCUCAUGAGAUUCUUAUUGAUCCACAACUGCGUCUGAGGUAUGAUACGGAUAGGCUUCGAGCUGGCUAUGGAAGGACGUAUGGUGCAGCGAAAGCGGCGACUGCCACGAAGAAACCGACCACACCAAAACCCGCGUCGCAACCGUAUGCUCCUCCGCCACCACCUCCUACCUCAAGGGCCCAGACUUCUAGACCAGGCUAUUCUCAGCGACAAUCUUACCAAGCCCAUCCUUCAGCAAGUGCGCAGAGCUUUGCCAGAUAUGCACGAGCAGCACAACAGCAGCCAUGGGAGAAGACGCGGGAUGAGCCUCAAACUCGGGCAGAUGCUUUCCGUGGUUUCCAGGAGAUGAAGAAUAACGCAACGCCUGGCUGGGCUAACUUUGAUCCUCGGACCGGUAAAUCAUAUCCAGCUCCCAGAGGAACGCCAACGGGGACAACAACCGGACAAUCCGCGAGGCCGAGGUCGGCAUACGAAUACUUCAAGACGGCAUAUGAGAAGCAGCCUCCGCCGACGCAGCCUGCUACUGGACCUCCGCGGACCCCAUCCACCAGGAGGAAGCAGGGCUUUGCUCCAGGGACACCAGGCGGCGAUGAACCGCCAGCAGCCAACACUUCCGCCUACACCAAUGUCCCGAGACCGGAACGUGCGUUUUACGAACCGGCACCAGCUCCCACCGCAAAGAAGACCACUGCACCAGAAGAGUUCACUAUCCCGGGAUUUGAAAGGCUCAGCACGCGGUACGCAACCAGCGGAGGCGAAAGGACUUACUUCUCAAGUUCUGGACUCGGCCGGUCCUCUACCGUAAGGGACUCCCCUAGCAGCCCGAGACCUCACUCGAGGACGAAUCCUCCCAGCCCUGCGCAUAGCAAAUCUGGACGGCAUCGUAGCGCGAGCCCACAACUGAAGAACCGGGAUCGAGCCUUUUCUUCAUCGGCUACUUCGAGUGACCUAGACGAGGACGAGGAUGAUCUUGACGAAGAUGAAGACCAGCCUACUUUCAAGCCACGGGCCGUCCCUAAGAGUAGACUACGCCCGAACCAGAAAUUUUCCGACUUCUACAAGGACUGGAACUCAGGAGCUGGUGAGAAUCCCUCAGUUUGGCCGGCCGAUUAUGAUUCUCCGGAUCACCUACACCCUCCCAGGCGUUUCGACGGACCCAGGCCACGGAGCCAUCACGGAUAUAUGGAUGAAAAUACUGACAAUUAUUAUGAAGGGCAUGCCUCAGAUAGCACCGCAUUCCCGAAUGGCUUCCAUGCCUCAGCUACGACCACCGAAUCGCAUAACGCUCAACGUCCAGAGAAACGCGAGACCCGUGAUGUUACCGGAGAAUCAAAGGAACCCUCUAAUAAGUAUGACGCCGCCCCUGAAUCAUCUACCCUUUCUUGGUCCCGCAAAUGGGGAUUCUGUUCCCCAAAGGCCGCUCCCAAAGGCCCGCGCAAACAGCCGCCGUAUUGGGCCUACCCUUCCAGUGUGAUGGUUCCGGCCACAUCCCCCAAGCGGAUCAGGGUAACAGACGACGGCAAAAGCGCAGCUCCAUCAGCGGCAGCGAUUCGCGCCUCGCUUCGCCAACUUCCUGACCCAUUAAUUAAGUCGAUAUCGAGAACCCAAGGAUAUGAUGCUGACCCGUCUCAUAGCUUCCAAGGAUCGACUACCUCGAAAGCCACGAUGAACAGAGAAUCCAAGAGCCACGAGAAUCUACACACUACUUUUUCGGCGGAUCACUGGCGCAACACUUUCGAAGGGGCUGCGGACUUCUUUGCCCCGUCAGCUAAGGAUGCAGCGAAUCGUGGACGAGGAUCACCCGGUCGUGGUCGAACGCCUGGCAGGUCUACUGCUUCAUCGCAAUCGAAGAACGGUUCCUCAAGCCAAGGCACCUCGCGUGCUCCAUCCGCAUCGAAACAAGCGCCUACACCGUUCGCAGAAGCCAAGUUUUCGGCAGAUGUUUGGGCCGAGCAGUUGAAGAAUGCUGCCUGGACUAUUCCACAGCCUGAGAAUACGCAACAGCAAGCCAACACUCGCCGUGCAAGGAGUCCCAGGAAGCAGGCAAGGCCUGCCGCGAAGUCCCAGCCUACCGUGUCGACGGAGGCGGAUGAGGAAAAGGCUACCCUGCACCCCGAUAAGGGCGAUGCAUCAUCAGAGGGAAUUUCCAAAGAUGGAGAGGCAAUGGACAUUGACGAGGAUAUCCCCGCCAAGACUACUGUGCCUCCUGCAAAUGGCCAUAGACCAGGUGAGCCUAGGCUCGUGUCAGUGGAGCCAAACCGCCCUGAAUGGCGGCCUGGUGCAAGAGAAGACGAACCGCAUACUACAGCGUCAACCGCAGCCAACAAGACAGGAUCGACCCAGCCAACGAGUGAGACGGAGUCGACUGAGACGAACGGACAGCCUAAUAUCUACAACUUCACUGGCUUGAACAAUGUGACCCCGUUGGCUUCCACAAACAAUGUUGGAAUUAACGACCUAAACGACAUUUUCACCACUCUUCCGUUCGAAUCGCGCCCGAAUAAUCCGGAUGACAACGCACGAUCAGGGCGUCCUCGUGAACUACAGUGUCCCAAUCCUCCCAAGCGUCCUACUCGGCCAGCUCUGGUCGCAGCCCGUGCUGGAUCGCAACAGAUGGUCCUGCCCAAGCAAGCGUGGGACCGAUAUGUGGCCGAGAUGACCGCCUAUAUGCGCGAGUGGAAUGUUUUCAACCGUCGCAUGCUGCGUCACUUCAACGCCAGACAAGAUUCAGUCGAGACCGGACUUUCUGCACACUGGAUAAGUGCUUUUGGCGAUUCCACCCGACUCAAAGUGGACGACGAAGGCGAAAAGGACACCGACGUGGAUGACGAAGAAGUUCUCAUCCCGGGAACAGCCCGCGGCGGCUACAGCGCCUAUCUCCGAGGCAUCGAGGAAGACUUUAAAGUCCGAGAACACUGGAACGUCGCAUGGGAACUCCAUCUAGAAUGCGUCCAGGAACUAGGCGAGGUGCGAAAAUGGAUCAAGAACGGAGGGAAAGUCGUAGCCUAG